AGUAAUUUUCACUAUUUUUACCAGACUACUUUUCUUUUUUUUAAAAAAUACAAUAUAAAAACAUUCCAACUGGUAAAAAGGUAAAAAUUGUGAUGAAUUUUAUAUAGACAUAGAAAUGAUAGAUGGAUAAAAGAAUGGGAGGAAAUUUUUAGAAAGAAACCUGAAAAAGUAUCACCUUUUGAUUUAUUUUCAUGCUCAUUUAAUGCGUGUAUUGAUAAAGAUGAUUUAUUCUCUUGUUCAUGGCUAUUGAUUAACGAAAUGUUACAAGAGGAAGAAUUUGCUAGAAAAUCAUAUAAUCUGGAUUUAUUCAAUGCAUAUUUGAUACAAUAUCUUUGCCAAGAUAAAAGGGAUAGUGUCGAUACUGCAGAUUUAAAUGAUAGCUGUUUUGACCCUUGUAGAACUAAUGAAGAGACAGGGAAAAAUCAAUGUAGUGAUAUUACAAAUGCCGAAUCUACAUGUAAGAAAAUCAACAAAGGCAUAUAUACAACUGAUUAUCACUGUCAAUGUAAAGACAAUUACGAUUGGAACAUAGUUUUAAAGACAUGUCAAGUUGUAUCCCAUUUUUGCUCGAGGAGCUAUAAUGAGGGAGGCUGUUUUCGCGAAGGAUUAAUUCUCGAAGGCAAAGAUUGCCUAGAGCCUAACGAAGAUCCUAAUGAUACAAGCGAAAUUAUGUGUUAUUGCAAUGCGCAAUAUGGUGGCCGUUUAUGUGACAGGAAGAAAAACGCCUGUGAAGAGAAAAUUCGUCCAGAGUUUGUAGCAGGAAAAGUUGCUUGCGGCGACUAUGAAGGACGAGGCGAGUGUCAACUUAGGGAGUCGAGUGAUAUUGGCUAUUUUUGCAAAUGUGCCAGCAAUAGGGCAUCUGACGCCGGGGUUGGUUAUCCAAAUUGCUAUCAAUUGACAGAUGCAUGCAGUAAGAAUCAAGUUCAGUGUCAAAGGGGGCAAUGUACGGCAUCUCCUGACGGAAGUAAAGCUUAUUGUCAGUGUGAUCCAGGAUUUAUAGGCCCCAGAUGUAGUAUUGCUUUACCAACUUGGCUAUCCUGGAGUGAAUGGGAUCAAUCCGAAUGUACGCCUAUUUGUGGCGCCGUAAGAAUUAAAGUCCGAGUUCGAAAGUGUGGUUCAAGAAUAUAUUAUAAAGGGUAUUUCUUAGAGUGUCAGGGUGAUUCUAGACAAGAAAGAAGAUGUGCAGUAAAGUAUUGCCGGGUUAAUGGAAAAUGGAACGAUUGGGGAGGAUGGAGCAGAUGCUCUCGACGUUGUGGAAAUGGUGUGAAAAGAAGAAGAAGAGCUUGUUUUUAUGCCACAGAAUACGAUCACGAUGAUCUCUUUGGCGAAAAUUGUCCUGGAAAAGGGACUGAGAGAGCUAGGUGCAAUACAUUCCGUUGCGCACCUAAUCAAAUUACGGAAGAAUUUUUGGAACCGCCCUAUUAUCCUCCAGAUAUUAGUGGAUACCUAGACUGGUCGUCUUGGAGUAAUUGUAACGUGUAUGAUUGCGGAAGCGGUCGGCGUGUGAGAAUUAGAAGAUGUAAAUUUGGUGCUCGGCUCUGCAAAGGUGAAAACUUUGAAAUUGAUAAUUGCUUUAAGAAGUGUCCCACUAAUGAAAAAUCUUAUGACGAGUGGAACGAAUGGUCUAGUUGUAAUAACAAGGAAAUAUAUUGUACAAGGAACAGGCAGUGUUCAUAUGAAUCUUGUUUCGGUAGAACUACACAAACAGCGAAAUGCGUAACUAAAAAGGAUGAAAGUAGUAAUUACAAAAGAGUUUGUAGAGGAGAAAUAAUGGAUCAUCCAACGUGGUUGGUAGGAAAGAUGAUGGGUACGCACUGGCUUAAAAUAUUCAUUGAUUUUAAUAAAGAGUUAAAUGAUUCAUUCGUUUUGGAUUGGGAAGAUGAUUUAAUACAAACUGCAAGAUUACUGCCAGAAAAGACAACAGCGAAGGACUUAUUAAAGAAUAUAAUUGUAAUAACUUUAAUAAUAGUAUCAACGUAUACAAUUUUAGCAUCCAGUUUCUUUAUAUUAUUGUUUAUUUUUAUAAGAAGAUACUUAAAGGACGUACUCUUUGAUUUGGAAAAUAAAACUGAGAAUUUUACGGCUAUUGACGAAGAUGAUGAUGACGAGAACACACGUUUGUUAACUUAA